AUGGCACCACCCGUGAAACUUCCGACCCGCAAGCUGGGCAGAGACGGCCCCGAGAUAACGGCCAUCGGCUUCGGCCUCAUGGGCCUCAGCACGGCGUACGGCUCAGUAGGCCCCGACGAAGACCGGCUCAAGGUGCUCGACCGGGCUUGGGAGCUGGGCUGCACCAACUGGGACUCGGCCGACAUGUACGGCGACAGCGAGGACCUGUUGGGCAAGUGGUUUGCGCGGCACCCGGAGCGCAGGGACGACAUCUUUCUGGCCACCAAGUUCGGGCUCACUGUGGGGGUUCGCGAAGACGGCAGCCGCGGCCUGUUGGUCGACAGCUCGCCCGAGUACUGCCGGCAGCAGUGUGAGAAGAGUCUGAAGAGGCUGGGGGUGUCAUGCAUUGAUCUGUAUUACAUACACCGCGUGGACAAUAAGACGCCGAUUGAGAAGACGAUGGCGGAGUUGGUCAAGCUACAACAAGAAAACAAAAUUCAAACACAUCGGGCAUAUCCGCCUGCUCCGCGGCCACCCUGCACCGCGCGAGCGCCAUCGCGCCCCUCGCCGCCUACCAAGUCGAGUAUUCUCCCUGGGCGCUGGAGAUCGAGGGUCCGAGAGCGCCACACCGCUGCGCGCCUGCCGCGAGCCUGGGCAUUCUCGGUGUUUGCGUACGCGCCGCUGGGGCGCGGCAUCAUGACAGGCCGGCUGCGGUCGCCCGACGAUUUCGAGCCGGGGGAUCUGCGCAGGCUGAUGCCGCGGUUUAGUGAGGAGAAUUUUGCGAAGAAUUUGUUGUUGGUGGAGCGGUUUGGUGAGAUGGCGAGGCGGAAGGGGUGCUCGCCCGGGGCAGUUGACCAUGGCGUGGUUGAUAGCGCAGGGGGAGGAUGUGAUUCCGAUUCCGGGGACCAAGAAUGUGAGGUACUUGGAGGAGAAUGUGGGCGCGGUGGGUGUGAGUGUGGAUGGGGAGGAGGAGAAGGAGAUUAG